AUUGGGAAACCAGUCUAGACACGGCGUUUUUUCGCUACAGUAUCACCAGUCUUCGCCAAUAGCUGUCACAGUAUAGACGCCUUUAAAAACCCUCUUGACACCUGAAAAUAUCGGAUUUAAUUAAUCUCCUUUUAUUCCGUUCCAUUCGUAAGUACAUGCAACAUGCUGAUUUCCUUUACAAGAAAAAGAAACACUGUUAAUGAAUCAUUUUCCUCGGAAAAAAUCGAAAUGACUCGUCUUUCGAGCGUCUAUCGAUCGAGCCGUCACUGACGUUAUUUUUUCGUUUACGAUUUAAGCAAAGAAUAAUUUGUAUAUAUAUGAAGGAAGGGAUGAAUUUAAUGUUUCUUGAAGUUGAAAGAUUAAAUAGUCUACGAAAUAGAUGAAAUUUAUUCGUGAUAAAUUAUUAAUAGCAGUUUAAUUAUGAUAAAAUUCCCUCAAUUUCACAAAUGUUCAAUGAAAUUAGUAAAACGUACAUUUAACAAGAAUAAUCUCUUUUAGAAAAAUUAGUUGACUCUUAUUUUCUGUUACAGAAUAGCAAAAAACAUGCAAGCCAACGAUCCAAUGUAUGCUGGCUAUGGCGGUGAGGUGGAAGAUGUUCAACCCAACUUAAAAGCUGAGCGCCCCGAUAGCUUACCAACUCGUAAAAAUGAAAAGCAUCGAGACUUUCUCGAUUCCCUUUUCACAAAUGUUAACUAUGACCUUCUUCUAUCCAAAGUCUUCUACUUUUUUUUCUUUGGAGCUUUCGGUUGUCUUUUCCCACUCAUGGCCGUGUACUUCAAGCAAUUAGGAAUGAAUGCAAGCCAGGCAGGAUUUUUGAUCGGUGUAAGACCUUUCAUUGAGUUUUUCUCGGCACCUUUUUGGGGAGGAAUAGCAGAUAAAUGGCAGAAAGGCAAGAAAUUGCUAUUAUUUAGCCUUUUCUCCUGGGUCGCUUUCAUGAUGGGAUUAGGAUUUGUGACAACUCCUGCAAGUGCUUGUUUACUUUCCAAUGGAUCAAAAAUUAUGCUAGUUGAUCCAUGGUCAGAGACAGUAUCAAAAGAACCAUCAAGAAUAAAGAGAGAGAUUCAAUAUGUUGGCGACUCCAAACAGUAUUAUCUACCAUAUCCCUAUCCAAGAGGACAUUUUGGGCAAUCUCCAUUGCCUCUAGAAAAAAAUGAAAUUGUCAACUCAAAAAAUUUUGAUUUAUCAGAACUUGUUUCACCUCCGUUUUCAAGCGUUGUAUACAAAACGAGGGACAUACAACGAGUGUUUCUUCUAGUUAUCAUAUUAGUAAUCAUAGGUGAAUUCUUCAGUAGUCCAGCAGCAACGCUAGCAGAUUCGGCUGUACUCGGUUAUCUUGGUGAUGACCUAGAAAACUACGGAAGACAGAGGCUAUUUGGUAGUUUUGGCUGGGCUUUAGCAAUGUUUUUUGUUGCAAUAGCUCUAGAUCAUUCUCACAUUUUUCCAGAUCAUCCUUGUGGUAGUCAACAAAUAGGAGAGCGAAACUACACAGUUUGUUUUGCUGUGUUUAGUGUGUUGAUGGCUUGUGCCUUUUUGGCGGCAACUCAAUUGAGAUUCAUAUAUGAGGGAGAGCCUCAAGAACCGAUUCCUCUCACUAUAAUCAGAAAUAAACUGUUUGGAAGAAAUGAUCCCAUCCCUCAGACACAGACCGCUUCCAUAGAUCCAGAAAAGGAUGAUGGACAAAUGUCUGCUCCAACCUCCUCAACAUUUAUACCAAGAGGAAAACCGGGUCAAAGUGGGACUUUGAAAAAUUGGCUGAUAGUACUUAGGGAAUGGGGAGAAACUGCGUAUGCUGCAAUGCUAUUUCAAGCUUGGUUUAUGGGUUUUGGAGUUGGUUUAGUCUUUGCUUUCCUGUUUUGGCAUUUGCAAGGUCUUGGAGGAGCUCCAUCGCUUUUUGGCGUGGCAUCUGUAAUUAAUCAUGUUUCAGAGGUGGUAGCUUACUUUUUCAGCAAGAAAAUUUUGUUUAGCAUAGGUCAUGUUAAGGUUCUCUAUUUGGGAUUAUUUGGCAACGCCUGCCGUUUUUUGUAUGUCAGCUGGUUGUCUAAUCCUUGGUGGGUUCUCCCAUUCGAAUUCGUCCAGGGAUUAACACAUGCUCUAGUUUGGGCUUCUGCCUGUUCGUAUCUGACACAAGGAAUCGAGACAAAGAAUAGAUCGACUGCACAGGGCAUUCUACAAUUAAUUCAUCAUGGACUAGGCAGAGGAAGCGGAGCAAUUAUUGGUGGAGCUUUGGUUCAAUAUUUUGGCACGGAAUAUACAUUUAGAGGCUACGGAAUAGCAUGCAUCGUCGUUCUUUUAGGAUAUAUUUUUAUCAAUUGGUAUUUUGGUGGCCGACCACGGCAAAUGGAAGACAUACCAGGAGCCGAGAAACCUGAUGAAGUUAUGGAGGAAACUUCUCAUUUAGCUCCAUGUGGUGUUCCAAUGAAUCCAAUGUCUCGAAAUUUAAGUAGCAGCCGACUCUCCGAUCUAGCUAAUCAGGACAAAAACAAUCAACAGGGGAGAUAUGGCACAACUUCUGAUUCUAAUGGGUACGCCGGAGGCAGAGAGGAAUUGCCAAGAUAUCCGGAAGGCUAUGGACCUGACACUGGUUAUGGUUAUGCGUUGAGCCCCACUGGAAAUAACAAUCUUCGACCCCUAAAAGAAGUUAUGGAGAAAAGUAAAGAUGUCACAACGUUGUUGAUAACUGGCCAACCGACUGUUUUAACGAAAGCGUAUCUACAGCAACCAGAACCUCUCUUUGGUCGGGAUUCGGAGGAAGAAAAUGAAUGGAACUGA